AUGACUAGACCUGAAUCCAGACACGGCCUGCCUCGGAGUCGUGAAGAAAACCAUCGAUCUACCGCUCCACUCUUUGAUGUGGAACGCGCCCUCGUAGUUCCCGAGCUAAAAGGAGCCGAUUUCUACGUGAAUUGGGAAAAGGAGAAGCAGAAAUGGAGCCACUUACGAGACCUUGAUUUACCGGCGGUCGACUCCAAACAGAUUGGCUGUUUUGUCGGGACCAACACACCAAGAGCGCUACUACAGCUGGAGAGCCGAAUUCCGGACAGAGGUGGGCCAGUCGCAGUUUUAACACCUUUCGGAUGGACAGCAAUGGGUGAGAUUUCAUACGAGCCAGCCACCAAUCCUGAUCUGGUCAAUACAACAUGCGCAGCAACAGCCGUAUGGCAAGAAGAUGAAGCAGACGAAGCGGUCCAGCUCUGGUGGACACCGGAACUGUUCAACUCCACAACAAAACGACAAAAGCGGCAUAGCGCAGAAGAGGCUAGAGCGAUUGAAAUUCUCACCCAAACGAUACGAAACCUCGGCGAUAGGUACGAAGUGGGACUACCGUGGAAGACGGAAGACAUCCGCCUACCAAACAACAGAACGAGCGCGCUUCGCCGCAAACGCAACAAAAAUCGAUUUAGACUGGACCCGGAUUUUGCGAGCAAGUACACGCAAGCAAUCGAAGCAAACGUAGCAGCGGGAUUUGCCAGGCGACUGACUCGAUCUGAAUUGGAGGGCCCGGUGGGAAGAACGUGGUAUCUUCCGCAUUUCCUAGUUAUCAAACCAAACAAGCCAUAUAAACCACGUUUAGUUUUCGACGCUGCCAGCCGACAUGAAGGAGUUAGCCUCAACGACGGCCUCAUUAAUGGACCGUCGCUACUAACGAAUCUGCACGACCUGCUAGUCAAAUUCAGGGAACGUCCCUGUCCGAUUUCCAUGUACAUUGAAAAGAUGUUUUUACAGGUUCGCGUGAGAGAAAAGGAUCAAGCUGCCUUCCGAUACUUGUGGCGACGGCCAGGAGAUAGUGGGCCACCGGUGACAUACCAAAUGAUGGUCGAGAUCUUCGGGGCCGCUUCCUCACCCACAUCAUGUUCGUUCGUCUUACGACGUCUAGCCGAUGACCACCCAGAAUACGCAGACAUAGCCGACAAGGUUAUAAAUAACUUUUACGUGGACAAUUAUCUAGACUCAUUUAAUGAUGCAGACGCCGCCAUUUCCUGUUGUCACCGUUUGAUUGAACUUUUAAAAAAAGGUGGUUUCCCUCUAACUCAAGCGAUGACGUCGUCAAGAGAACUAUGGCUCUCAUUCCCACCAAAAUUUCGAGCCAAACCGGCGUUAAACAUCGAUCUAGAUGACCUGCCAGUAGAAAGGACCCUGGGACUAAUCUGGGAAGGAGAGUCCGACACGUUUACCUUUCUGCUCAACAUCGAGAAGGAUGCGGAUACUAAACGCAAGAUCGUCAGCUCAGUGGCCAGUAUUUUCGACCCAAUGGGAUUUCUGGCGUGCGUCACCGUGAUUCCGAAGAUAAUCAUUCAAGACAUCUGGCGACUAGGAAGAAAAUGGAAAACCUUCGCACAAGAACUGACGCUACUACGAGAGUUGAAGAUACGACAGUGCUUAAGACCAGCAAAAUUCGACCCCCAGAAAACCCGGUUUGAGCUACACACGUUUACCGAUGCCUCAGAACGAGCGUAUGCGGCGGUCGUGUACCUACGCUCAGAAUGCGACGGGAUAGUCGACGUCAACUUGGUAACAGCCAGAACAAAGGUUGCGCCAUUACAGCAGCAGACGAUCCCUCGCCUUGAAUUAUUGGGAGCCGUUUUAAGUUUUAGAUUGGCCCUACGUGUAAAAGAAGCUACAAGAGAGGAGAUAUCAGCGGUAACGUGGUGGACGGAUUCAUCCACGGUCCUGCAUUGGUUGAAAGAUGAAACAGCGUUCUACCACUCCUACAUCGCAAGCCGGAAAGAACUCAUCCUAAGCGGAUCUACAGCAGACCAGUGGCGACACGUACCUGGGAGACUAAAUCCUGCCGACGAUGGAACAAAGGAAACGAGAGAGCCGCAAGUAGGAGAAAGAGAAGAAGAUCCGUUUAAAACCGCGCUGAGAAAAUGCGUCGAGAAUGUGCAAGCUAGAAAUUACCACCAAGAAAUUGCAGCACUCACGGCAAACCAUCCCAUACCGCGUUCAUCAUCACUUAUAAAGCUUAGCCCAUUCCUCGGAAAGGACGGCUUGCUACGUGUAGGUGGUAGGUUAGAAUUCGCUGCCCUAAAUUACGACGCUAAACACCCAAUGAUCCUACCCCCCAAAGAAAAAUUAACGCGUCUAAUUAUAGCAGACGCACACGAACGCGUUCAUCACGGAAAGACGGAGCGGACGCUAUGUGAACUAAUGGCCAGAUUCUGGAUCGUUAAAGGGCGUCGAGCCGUUCGAGCGUACGUGGAGUCCUGUAUGCAAUGUCGGAGAGAUCAUAGCCGACCACUCCAACAACAGAUGGCAUCGCUUCCGGCAGACCGCACUACGCCGUACCUCCCCCCCUUCACGUACGUAGGAGUGGAUUAUUUUGGACCAUUGUUCGUGACAGUUGGACGGCGCGUUGAAAAGAGAUAUGGGUGUAUAUUCACAUGUCUUGUGACGCGAGGAAUUCAUAUCGAGGUGGCGUGGAAACUGGACGCCGAUUCAUUUCUGAUGGCCUAUCGCAGAUUCGUGAGCAGAAGGGGAUCGCCAAGUAAGAUUUACAGUGAUAAUGGUACUAAUUUUGUCGCCGGAAGAAAAGAGAUCCAAGAAGGAGCGUCGAGAGUGGCCUACCAGAAAGCAUCAUCGUUGCACAGCCCCCCGGUGAGCUUGUACAGCUCCGACGACGUCGCGGGAGAAGAAAAUGAGUUGCGCUCCGCCUUGGAAACGUUGAAGGAGAAGGGAGAAAUUGAAAAAAAACUUGCGGAAGAAGGUGUGCAAUGGCACUACUCCCCGCCGCACGCUCCACAUUUCGGUGGAACGUGGGAACGUUUGGUUAGGUCCGCCAAAACAGCGCUACGAGCCGUUCUGCGGGCGAAAACCGUAUCCGAAGAGGUGCUCAACACCACCUUAAUCGAAGUGGAAUCCAUGCUUAACGCCAGGCCACUGACGCACCUGAGCGUUGAUCCGAGAGACAACGCGCCGUUGACGCCAAAUCAUUUUUUACUUCUACGAGCGCAUCCACACAUUCCCCCCGACGUGAUAGAAGCAGCGGACGUUUUAUCUAGGCGGCGAUACCUGGCGGCUCAGGAACUAGCUGAAUCGUUCUGGAGAAGAUGGUUGAAAGAAUACGUCCCAGCCCUGACGGAAAGAAGGAAGUGGACGGAAAGGAAGAGGAAUGUGCAAGUGGGAGACCAGGAGACCUGGUGUUAUUGGUGGACGAAAAUACUACGCGCGGCGGAUGGCCAACCGGACGUGUGA